AUGCAAUCACAUCAAGAGGGAAGAAUCAGCUCUGAUUGGGGAUUGCAAACUCUACUUAAACUUUGUCAUGAAAAAGUUCACACUAUGUGUACGUUUGACAUAAAACAACAGUCUACAUGCAACACUUCAGAGCCCUUCCCGUUUCACAUGUUGCUUUUAAUGGAGUUAAAUAAUAGCUUAACAGCUGCAAUGAUUUUACAAAAUGCAAGAGAGAGCAUUUGGAUUAAAACGUGGGAUGAAAAUAUGUUUUCUUGCUCUAAGCUUCAUCUUAAACAUUGA